AUGCUUCGUCAAAUUUUUCUUUUAUUGGCGGUGAUUGGCGUGGCGGUGGCUGUGCAAUGCUACGUUGGACAACAGACUUUAUCCAAUAGAAAUAACGGCUUCUCACAAGGAGUCCAAGGAAACACUUUUGGAAUGUCUGUUCGCGAUUGUGGCCCAAAUGUGCGCAUGUGCUUUAAAUCGUACGUGAGACGAAACAAUAAUGGCGACGAUUCGCAUACGGAGACUCGUGACUGUGGAGAUCCAAACUCGGGACGAUGCUUCCAGGAUACCGGCUGCUCGGGACCAGGCUCGAACAAAGCUUCUGCUUCUGCGCUCAAACAAGAACUGGAGGAUGCUAGAGCGCAGCUAGAAAUCGCCAAUCAGAAAACUACAAACAACGAGCAACUUGAACAUCAAAUCACCCAUCUGAGAAAUAUCAAUCAACAAUGGGUAGCAGAAGUAGAGAAGUACAAGCAAUGGGCUCAGCAAUGGCAAUCUUUCCAAGUUUCGCAGAUGCCAAAUGGUGGAAUUGAUGCUGGCCUACAACAACUGCAGGCUCAAAUUACCGAAUUGGAACAACAACUCGGUUAUGGAUGGCAAGCUUAUGAGGCGCAAAGUCAACAAAUUCAACAACAAAUUGCUUCUACACAAGGCUGGAAACAGAGAGCAGAGGAACUGGAACAGGCUUACAACCAAUUACGUGCAGAAAUGGAACAAUUGAAGACUAACUUUGCAAAUGGUCCUCAUAAUCCAGCUGUUAACGGGCACACUACUGAUGCAAAGACUGAAGAUGAACUUCGGCGAAUAAAAGACGAACAAGAGGAUUUACUCGUCCUUUUAGCCGAUCAGCAUAAUAAGCUUUCAUCAUACAGGAAACGCCUGAAAGCGCUGGGACAAGUGGUUUCUGAAGACGAAGACGAAGAA